GGAAAGUGUAUAAAAUCGGACGACAUCCGUGGAUUGGGCAUCAGUUGAAUUCUGCAGCAAAAGCAAAGUGACUCAGCACUUAAGUGAAAAAUCAAAUCAAAGUUUUCUUCGUGUUCAGUGUUCAAGUGAAUUCUAUCAAAUCAAUACAAAAUGCCUUGCCCAUGCGGAAGUGGUUGCAAAUGCGCCUCCCAGACCAACAAGGGUUCCUGCAACUGCGGAACUGACUGCAAAUGCGGCAGCGAUAACAAGAAGUCCUGCGGCUGCUCCUCCAAGUGAAGCAUCAAUGGUCCAGCUUUUCUAAAUUACGCCUAGAAUCUAAAAUAAACACCUCUAUAUACAUAUAUAUUAUUCACCCACAUUCACAGACACUUCCUAAUUGAACGUCUGAUUCUCACAAUUAUGCAAUAAACCAAAUUUAAACUCAA